AUGUAUGUACUUCAUGCUCGCCGCCCCAUUAACAAGCCCCAGCCCCAGCCCCCGACCCCGACCCCAAAUUGGUGGAUCGCCCUGCGCAUGGGACAACGUAUGGGGCGAGCCCAGGUCCCCUGGCGCAGCAUCUCGAGCUCUCGCGAAGCCCACACACAGUUUACCGUUCGCGAGUGGUUGACCUAA